CCUUUGAUGCACAUUUCCCAGUUACGUCAGUUUUUCCCGAAGGCUAUCCUGGCUGGAGAGCGUUUUCGGCCUAGGGACUGCCAAAACAAAACCAAAUAAAUAAAACCACUGGCAAGUGUCCAACCUCUUGCCUGGAGAUAAGCACCAGCUCUUGGGACAACAGCGGCUGGACGCCCUGCGCUCCGCGCCGCAGCGCGCCUGCGUAUCGGAGCCCCUUUGUUGCUCGGGCGCCGGGGUCGGGCUGCGCCUGCGUACUGAACCCGCACGAACAAGUGCGCUACGCCGAGGGCACCGGCUGAGGGCGAGCAGACCUCGAGCAGCAGCCGGCGCCGUGGCCGUUGCUACCAUCACAGUACAGUUGGGGUCUCAGGCCCAGGAGGCGGUGACAGAGGAUGUCGUCCACCGCGGCUUUUUGCCUCCUCUCUACUCUGGGGGGGUAUUUGGUCACCUCGUUCUUGUUGCUCAAAUACCCAGCGUUGCUGCACCAGAGAAAGAAACAGCGAUUCCUCAGUAGGCACAUCUCUCACCGCGGAGGUGCUGGAGAAAACCUGGAGAACACCAUGACAGCCUUCCAGCACGCAGUUACCAUUGGGACGGACAUGUUAGAACUAGACUGCCAUAUCACAAAAGAUGAGCAAGUUGUAGUGUCACACGAUGCCAAUCUGAAGAGGUCAACUGGGGUCAAUGUAAACGUCGCUGAUCUCAAAUAUUGUGAGCUCCCACCUUACCUUUGCAAACUGGAUGUCCCAUUUCAGAGAGCAAGCAAGUGUGAAGGAAAAGAUACCCGAAUCCCCUUGCUGAAGGAAGUAUUUGAGGCCUUUCCAGAGACCCCCAUUAACAUCGACAUCAAAGUGAACAACGAUGUGCUGAUUAAGAAGGUCUCCGAACUGGUGAAGCAAUAUAAACGAGAACACCUGACGGUAUGGGGCAACGCCAACUCUGAGAUUGUAGACAAGUGUUACAAAGAGAACUCAGAUAUUCCUAUACUCUUCAGCCUACAGCGGGUUCUGCUCAUCCUCGGCCUGUUCUUCACCGGUCUCUUGCCCUUUGUGCCCAUUCGAGAGCAGUUCUUUGAAAUCCCAAUGCCCUCUAUCAUACUGAAGCUAAAAGACCCGCACACUGUAUCCAAAGGUCAUAAGUUUCUCAUCUGGCUUUCUGAUACCUUAUUAAUGCGGAAAGCUUUAUUUGACCACCUUACCGCCCGGGGCAUUCAAGUAUACGUUUGGGUUUUAAAUGAGGAACAUGAGUACAAAAGAGCCUUUGAUUUGGGAGCAACUGGAGUGAUGACGGACUACCCAACAAAGCUUAAAGAUUUCUUAAACAAUUUUUCAGCAUAAAGAAAAAAAAAGUAACUCCUAAUCAUUCAAAGGAGUCAUAACCAGAAAAGAUGUGAGGAGAGAGAGCUGUGUUAACCAUAGUUUCCCUGGGAUUGCCAGGAUGAUAAAAGGUUUAAUCACUUAAGUUUUAAUACCUCAUUUUUUUUUUUAAGUCUGUAUGGGACUGUAGAAACGUCCCUAUCUUGUAUAUUUUUUUUUCACCAAUAUUGCAUAUUUUACAUUGGUAACUUGUUUGAAGGUAACCGGCACAGAAAUGUAGAUCAUUGAUCAAGAUGUCUGCAUAUGAUGCAGUAUUCUACUAUUAUAAAUCUGAAAUCAAAGACUAGAGGCAAACUGGGUGUUAGCCUUCACUGAAACAGGAUCAACCGUAGUGAAAGGAGAUUCCUGAGCAGGGCAUGGUGACAUGAGCCUGCAGUCCCAGCACACAGGAGGCUGAGGCAAGAGGAUCGGGGUUUGAGGCCAUCUUGGGCUACAGAAGUGAAAUCCUGUCUUUAAUUUUUUUUUUUUUAGUAAAAAAGCAGAAAAUUGUUGAAGGCCAUUACAGCCAUUUUGAAUUCUCUCCUAUGUCUAGGUGCAUUUUAGCUAAGGGAAUAUACAGGGGAAGAGGAACCUGAAUGUAGAUGCUAGGCAGGGUGUGUGCUGUUCACAGAGGGCAGAGUCAAGCCAAUAACAGUUUGUUAUUACUCAGAAAUCCAGUCUGUGGGCUGAGACAGACCCUGGGUUAUGGUUGUUAAUGGGGACAUUCCGUGUGGAGUCUUUUUUUUUUUUUUUCAUGUGUGUGACAUGCUGUCAUGCCUAUUUUUUUCUUACGUCUUUAAAAAUAGACAUUAUAAUUAUAAAAUGAGACAAGGUCCAAUUAGUCAUGCUUUUAUGUUUCCUCAAGAACUACUCAAUUCUUGCUGGGCGGUGGUGGCACACGCCUAUAAUCCCAGGACUUGGGAGGCAGAGGCAGGCGGAUUUCUGAGUUCGAGGCCAGCCUGGUCUACAGAGUGAGUUCCAGGACAGCCAGGGCUACACAGAGAAACCCUAUCUUGAAAAACAAAAAACAAAACAAAAACAAAAACAAAAAAAACUACUCAAUUCUCAUCUUUGGGCUUGACUAGGCUGAACCUGGGUCUGGAUUGUCAGUGACGUGGCAGCCCUAUAGUGAUUGGCUGGUGGGAGCACAACACUGUUGUGGGCAUGCUUAGUGUGAGCCACCUGCUCCUGGUCUCCUCAGAGGAGAGCUCACUCCUCUGAGGCUCAGACACAGCCGGAGUUACCCAGCAUUAUACACCACUUCCUCUGCCUUCUGAUGUGACUUCAUGCAGAUCUGUCUCUGGCCUUUUUGACGAAUUUUCAUGUCAGAUUGGGAGAUAAAUUCAGUAUAGAGUACUAGAUGUCUUUUGCCUAAAUUAUGUCUCUGCUGUGGGACCUGCCACGUGCAGCCAUGGAGGACAGCCUCAUCCUCCCUUCUGUUGCUUUGUGGUCUAAAUUGUAAUAAAGUUUUCCAAGAAUAAAA